UAACUCUAUAUGUACUACAAUGCUGUGUCUAUAGUUUGCAUUAGAAAUAAAUAUCUAAAUAUUUUUUUCAGACUUUUCAAAUUUCCAUCACUGAAGGAGACACACAAGAAAACCAUCGACCAUGAGUGACGCUGAGAUGGCCUCCUAUGGGCCGGCUGCCCAGUAUCUCCGAAAGUCAGAGAAGGAGAGGAUUGAGGCACAGAACAAACCAUUUGAUGCAAAGACAUCUGUCUUUGUAAUUGAUCCUAAAACAAUGUAUGUCAAAGGCAUCGUCCAGAGCAAGGAGGGAGGCAAAGUCACCGUAAAGAAAGAGGACAAUACUACUGUAACAGUGAAGGACGAUGAAAUCUUCCCUAUGAACCCACCAAAGUACGAUAAAAUUGAAGACAUGGCCAUGAUGACCCACUUGAACGAACCAUCUGUCCUGUAUAACCUCAAAGAGCGCUAUGCAGCCUGGAUGAUCUACACCUAUUCUGGUCUCUUCUGUGCUACCGUGAACCCCUACAAGUGGCUUCCAGUGUACAACCCAGAGGUGGUGGCAGCAUACAGAGGCAAGAAGCGUCAGGAGGCCCCACCCCACAUCUUCUCCAUCUCUGAUAAUGCCUAUCAGUUCAUGUUAACAGAUCGUGAAAAUCAGUCUGUCCUGAUUACUGGAGAAUCUGGAGCAGGAAAGACUGUAAACACAAAACGUGUCAUCCAAUACUUUGCAACAAUUGCAGCUAUUGGUGAUAAGAAGAAAGAGGAACCUGGAAAAAUUCAGGGAAAUCUGGAGGAUCAAAUCAUUCAGGCCAACCCUCUGCUGGAAGCCUUUGGCAAUGCCAAGACUGUGAGGAAUGACAAUUCAUCCCGCUUUGGUAAAUUCAUCAGAAUCCAUUUUGGAACCACUGGAAAGCUGUCCUCUGCUGAUAUUGAAACAUAUCUUCUGGAAAAAUCCAGAGUAACAUUCCAGCUAUCAGCAGAGAGAAGCUAUCAUAUCUUCUACCAAAUCAUGUCAAACAAGAAACCAGAGCUUAUUGAUAUGCUCCUGGUUACAACAAACCCUUAUGAUUUUGCAUAUGUGAGCCAAGGUGAAAUCACUGUGGCGAGCAUUGAUGACCAAGAGGAGUUGAUGGCCACAGAUAGUGCCAUUGACAUUUUGGGUUUCAAUGCUGAUGAGAAAAUCGGCAUUUACAAACUCACUGGAGCUGUGAUGCACUAUGGCAACAUGAAAUUCAAACAGAAGCAAAGAGAGGAACAGGCUGAGCCAGAUGGCACAGAGGUGGCUGACAAAAUUGCCUAUUUGAUGGGUCUGAACUCAGCAGAUCUGCUAAAGGCUCUUUGCUACCCUAGAGUCAAAGUCGGCAAUGAGUAUGUCACAAAAGGUCAAACCGUCCAGCAGGUAUACAAUUCAGUUGGUGCCCUGGGCAAGUCAGUGUAUGAGAAAAUGUUCUUGUGGAUGGUCAUAAGAAUUAACCAGCAGCUGGACACUAAGCAGCCAAGGCAGCACUUCAUCGGUGUCUUGGACAUUGCUGGCUUUGAGAUCUUUGAUAUGAACAGCUUGGAACAGCUUUGCAUCAACUUCACCAAUGAGAAACUGCAACAGUUUUUUAACCAUCACAUGUUUGUCCUGGAGCAAGAGGAGUACAAGAAGGAAGGGAUUGACUGGGAGUUCAUUGACUUCGGCAUGGACUUGGCUGCCUGCAUUGAGCUUAUUGAGAAGCCAAUGGGCAUUUUCUCCAUCCUUGAAGAGGAGUGCAUGUUCCCCAAGGCAACAGACACUUCUUUCAAGAACAAGUUGCAUGACCAACAUCUGGGCAAGUGCAAUAACUUCCAGAAACCCAAGCCUGGAAAAGGCAAAGCUGAGGCUCACUUCUCUCUUGUCCACUAUGCUGGGACAGUGGAUUACAACAUCUCUGGUUGGCUUGAUAAGAACAAGGACCCACUGAAUGAAACUGUCAUUGGGCUCUACCAGAAGUCUUCUAUCAAACUGCUCUGCUUCCUCUACGCUGCACACGCUGGUGCAGAAGCAGAUGCCGGAAAGAAGGGUGCCAAGAAGAAGGGUUCCUCUUUCCAGACCGUGUCUGCUCUUUUCAGGGAGAAUCUGAACAAGCUGAUGAGCAACCUUAGAAGCACUCACCCCCACUUUGUACGUUGCCUGAUCCCUAAUGAGACAAAAACUCCAGGGGCCAUGGACCACUAUCUGGUUAUGCACCAGCUUAGGUGUAAUGGUGUCCUUGAGGGCAUUCGAAUUUGCAGAAAGGGAUUCCCAAGCAGGAUCAUCUAUGGUGACUUCAAACAACGUUACAAGAUUCUAAAUGCAAGUGCUAUUCCUGAUGGGCAAUUUAUUGAUAGCAAGAAAGCUUCAGAGAAGCUUCUUGGAUCCAUUGAUGUAGACCACACUCAGUACAAAUUUGGACACACUAAGGUUUUCUUUAAAGCUGGCUUAUUAGGUACUCUGGAAGAGAUGCGAGAUGAACGUUUGGCCCAGUUAAUUACUCGUACUCAGGCCAUGUGCAGAGGUUACCUCAUGAGAGUUGAGUUUAAGAAGAUGAUGGAAAGAAGAGAAUCCAUCUUCUGCAUCCAGUACAACGUCCGUUCAUUCAUGAAUGUCAAGCACUGGCCAUGGAUGAAACUUUACUUUAAGAUCAAGCCUCUCCUGAAGAGUGCAGAGUCUGAGAAAGAGAUGCAAAACAUGAAGGAGGAGUUUGAGAAGACCAAGGAACUUUUGGCAAAAUCAGAAGCAAAGAAAAAGGAACUGGAGGAAAAAAUGGUUUCCAUUCUUCAGGAGAAGAAUGAUCUUCAGCUCCAAGUUACAUCUGAAUCAGAGACUCUGGCAGAUGCAGAGGAAAGAUGUGAAGGUCUGAUCAAAGCUAAAAUACAACUGGAGGCUAAAAUUAAGGAAUUCAAUGAAAGGCUGGAAGAUGAAGAGGAAUCCAAUGCAGAACUUACAGCAAAGAAAAGGAAACUAGAGGAUGAGUGUUCUGAGUUGAAGAAAGAUAUUGAUGACCUUGAACUCACAUUGGCCAAAGUAGAGAAAGAAAAACAUGCAACAGAAAACAAGGUUAAGAACUUAACUGAAGAGAUGGCUGUUCUGGAUGAGAGCAUUGCCAAACUUACUAAAGAAAAGAAAGCUCUUCAGGAAGCUCACCAGCAGACCCUUGAUGAUCUUCAAGCUGAAGAAGACAAAGUCAACACACUCACCAAAGCAAAAACCAAGCUGGAGCAGCAAGUUGAUGAUCUUGAGGGAUCUCUGGAGCAAGAGAAGAAGCUGCGUAUGGAAAUGGAGAGGGCAAAAAGAAAGCUGGAGGGUGAUCUGAAACUGGCCCAAGAGUCUACAAUGGACUUGGAAAAUGACAAGCAGCAGCUGGAUGAAAAAGUCAAAAAGAAGGAAUUUGAAGUAAGCCAGUUGCAAAGCAAGAUUGAAGAUGAACAGGCUCUGGCUGCUCAGCUUCAAAAGAAAAUUAAAGAGCUGCAGGCUCGCAUUGAGGAGCUGGAAGAAGAAAUUGAAGCAGAGCGUGCAGCUCGUGCCAAGGCAGAAAAGCAGCGUGCUGACCUCUCCAGGGAGCUUGAGGAGAUAAGUGAGCGUUUGGAGGAAGCUGGAGGUGCCACUUCUGCUCAGAUUGAGAUGAACAAGAAGCGUGAAGCAGAAUUCCAGAAGAUGAGACGUGACCUUGAAGAGGCCACUCUGCAACAUGAGGCUACUGCCUCUGCUCUCAGGAAGAAGCAUGCUGACAGUGUUGCAGAACUAGGGGAACAAAUUGACAACCUUCAAAGAGUCAAACAGAAGCUUGAAAAGGAAAAGAGUGAACUAAAGAUGGAAAUUGAUGACCUAGCCAGCAACAUGGAAACUGUCUCCAAAGCCAAAUCAAACUUAGAAAAGAUGUGCAGGACUCUAGAGGACCAAUAUUCUGAAGUGAAGACUAAGGAGGAAGAGCACCUCAGGGUGAUUAAUGAUAUUAAUGCACAGAGAGCUCGCCUGCAGACAGAAACUGGAGUUUAUUCUCGCCAGCUAGAGGAAAAAGAAUCUUUGGUGUCUCAACUUUCCAGAGGCAAGCAAGCUUUUACUCAGCAAACUGAAGAACUGAAGAGACAACUUGAGGAGGAAACAAAGGCCAAGAAUGCUCUUGCCCAUGGAUUACAAUCUGCCCGCCAUGACUGUGACCUGCUCAGGGAGCAAUAUGAAGAGGAGCAGGAAGCAAAGGCUGAACUGCAACGGUCACUGUCCAAGGCCAACAGUGAAGUAUCUCAGUGGAGAACCAAAUAUGAAACUGAUGCAAUCCAGCGCACAGAGGAACUGGAGGAAGCCAAGAAGAAACUUGCUCAGCGACUCCAGGAAGCUGAGGAGCAAAUUGAAGCCGUCAACUCUAAGUGUGCUUCCCUGGAGAAGACCAAGCAGAGACUGCAAGGAGAAGUGGAAGACCUCAUGGUAGAUGUAGAACGUUCUAACUCAGCUUGCGCAGCACUUGAUAAGAAGCAGAGAAACUUUGACAAGGUGUUGUCAGAGUGGAAGCAGAAAUAUGAAGAGUCCCAGGCUGAACUUGAGGCUUCUCAGAAAGAGUCUAGGUCUCUAAGCACUGAAGUGUUUAAGAUGAAGAACUCCUAUGAAGAAGCAUUAGACCAACUUGAGACCCUCAAGAGAGAAAACAAGAACCUUCAACAGGAGAUAUCUGAUUUGACGGAACAAGUUGCAGAGAGUGGAAAGAGCAUUCAUGAAAUAGAAAAGGCCAAGAAGCUGGUUGAACAGGAGAAAUCUGAUUUACAAUCAGCCCUUGAAGAAGCCGAGGGAUCUUUGGAGCAUGAAGAAGUCAAGAUCCUCCGGAUCCAGCUUGAGUUGAAUCAAGUUAAAGGUGAAGUUGACAGAAAAAUUGCUGAGAAGGAUGAAGAACUUGAACAGGUGAAAAGGAACAGCCAGAGAGCUCUAGAAUCAAUGCAGAGCACCCUGGAUGCUGAGAUCAGAAGCAGGAAUGAUGCACUCAGACUAAAGAAGAAGAUGGAGGGAGAUCUGAAUGAGAUGGAAAUUCAACUAAGCCAUGCCAACCGACAAGCAGCAGAGUCACAGAAACAGCUGAGGAACGUGCAAGGACAGCUUAAGGAUACUCAACUACACCUUGAUGAUGCACUUCGAGGAAGUGAUGAUCUAAAGGAGCAGCUGGCUAUUGUUGAAAGGAGAAAUAACCUCAUGCUGGCUGAAAUUGAGGAGAUGAGGUCUGCUCUAGAACAGACUGAGCGUGGGCGCAAAGUGGCAGAACAGGAACUUAUUGAUGUUACAGAGCGUGUGCAGCUUCUUCACUCACAGAACACCAGUCUGAUCAACACCAAGAAGAAGAUUGAGGCUGAUAUCUCUCAUCUUCAAAAUGAAGUGGAAGAAGCUGUUCAGGAAGCAAGAAAUGCAGAUGAAAAGGCCAAGAAGGCAAUCACUGAUGCUGCCUUGAUGGCUGAGGAACUCAAGAAGGAACAAGACACCAGUGCUCACCUUGAACGUAUGAAGAAGAAUCUGGAGCAGACAGUGAAGGAUCUCCAACAUCGUCUAGAUGAGGCUGAGCAACUGGCAAUGAAAGGAGGCAAGAAGCAACUCCAAAAAUUGGAGGCCAGGGUACGUGAACUUGAAAAUGAGCUUGAUGCUGAGCAAAAGAGAGGAUCUGAUGCCAUCAAAGGAGUGCGCAAGUACGAGAGAAGAGUCAAAGAGCUGACUUACCAGUCUGAAGAGGACAAAAAGAAUGUUUUCAGGCUGCAGGACUUAGUGGACAAGUUGCAGUUGAAAGUCAAAGCAUACAAGAGACAAGCAGAGGAGACUGAAGAACAAGCAAAUGUCCACCUAUCCAGAUUCAGGAAGACUCAGCAUGAAUUGGAAGAGGCAGAGGAACGUGCUGAUAUUGCAGAAUCCCAAGUCAACAAGCUCAGAGCCAAGACUCGGGAUGUUGGAAAGAAAAUUGAAGAGUGAACCCAACCCAAUUACAAGUUAUUUACAAAGGAUGUUCAUAAAAUAUGAGCAAUUUUGGAAAGAGUCCUUCAAUAUAAUUAUGUUCUAGAUGCAA